GCUUUCCUCAGUAAUUGGCCGCACGCCGACCAGUUCCAACCUGUUUCAACCGAUUCGUACUGGUUAAAGCAGAAAUUUCCGCGCGAGUUUCACCUGUAUAUCUAUCAAUGAUAAGGACGGAUAUUAUGAAAUGUUGACUAUAAUAGUAAUAAACGAAAACAACACUGUUUAUACUGUUUAGUGAGUGGUAGUAAACUUUAGGAUAAGUUUUAAAGUUUAACAUUUUAUUCAUAAAAGUAAGUAGUGUACGAUUAAUAGUGAAGUGACAAAUGGAUGUUUGACGUAUAGCUGCGAGUAAAGUCUGCAUUAACCCAGUUGCAGUUCGCUUUUCGCUUCCUAUGCCGAUGCCGGAAGCAAAACAACUACGACGUAGAGACCGAUUUGGGUGGAUCACGAGUUGGAUUAAGUUGUGGAGGCGAGGCCGCGCAAACAAGUCCAGUGAAAAUGUAAUCUCACCGAUUUUGGAAGGUGUCUGAUUAAUUAUUUUAAAAACUGUUUGCUGGAGGAUGGAGUGGUCUCGGCCAAGCCCAGCGAGAGCUCUUUCCCUUUGGACAUUGUUAAUCUGCAGCUUCAAUAUCGCAGGUCUCCGGCCGUUGUCGAGUGUCCGGGCGGAAUCUCUGGACGUCGUCAAAGUGACAGGGGUGUCGGGCGGCGAAGCCACGCUGCCGUGCGACACCCGUUCUCCCCAGCCGCCUGAUGCACUACUGCUUGUAGUGUGGUACAAGGACGACGUGCCUAUUUACAGUUUCGAUGGACGAGUGCCCGGCCCCACAGCACAUUGGGCUGACGAUUCCCUUGGCGGUCGAGCGGCGUGGCUGCCGAGCUCACCCACAGCACUUAGACUGCACCACGUGCAGGCCUCAGACCGCGCCAUGUACAGGUGUCGGGUCGACUUCAAAGUGUCGCCUACCAGAAACCAUAAGAUCUCUUUAGAUGUCAUCGAGUUACCAGAAAAACCGAAAAUAUUCGACGAACUAGAUAAAGAAGUGAGCGGCGUGGCUGGUCCAUACACAGAAGAUACCAGUGUUAAGCUCACCUGUGUUGUAAGUGGAGGUAAACCAAUGCCGCGCUUGCGAUGGUGGCGGGAUGACAAGCCCAUUCACACCUUGGAACCCUUGGAAGAUGGUUCUGGGGUUAGCACACUUGAACUGAAGAUCCCUCGGCUCACCAGGGAUUACUUAGAAGCUGUGUAUACCUGCACCGCGGAUAACACACUGCUGGUGCCUCCGUUGAGGGUUAACGUGCAAAUACAGCUAUACUUAAGACCACUGUUAGUGGAAAUCCUAGCCAGAGAACAGCCGCUGUCUGUGGGUCAAGAAGCUGAACUGGCCUGUCGAGCGGUGGGGACAAGACCGCCUGCCAUUAUCACCUGGUGGCUUGAAGGGAAACAGAUGAAUGCAGAUGGGCCACAGAAGAACUCUGAGGACGGAAACGAGACAGUUUCGUUCCUGCGCUGGACCCCGCGAAUGGAGCACGACGGUCGAGUACUGACCUGCCGAGCUACUCACGCCACCUUGGAACACGUCACAAUUGAAACAACAAAGUCGCUUAAUUUGCAUUAUAUACCCAUCGUGUCCCUACAAUUGGGCUCCAAACUGAACCCUAACGACAUAGAGGAGGGAGACGACGUAUACUUUGACUGCAGCGUACGAGCACAUCCACAGGCCUACAAGGUUGUGUGGGAGCAUAAUGGUCAAAUUAUGACGCAUAACCAGCGAGCAGGCGUGAUAGCUGGUCAGGCCCACCUCGCUCUGCAGGGUGUCUCAAGAGAUAACGCCGGAAGAUAUGUGUGUACCGCAUCCAACGUCGAAGGCGACGGACGCUCUGCGCCUGUUACCUUGCAGGUCAUAUAUAAGCCCGUGUGUAAGAAAAAAGCACCGGCAAUCGUAGGUGCAGCGCUGCAUGAAGCGGCCAGGGUGACUUGCGAAGUGGACGCUUACCCGGCACCGAAGAACUUCCAGUGGACGCUCAACAACUCCAUGGGGACUGUGGAGCUGGACUCGGCAAAAUUCACGACAAAGAACGGCCAGUCGAUCCUUACAUACACUCCUACUGCGGAAGGGGACUACGGAUCUUUAUCAUGCAGAGCUACAAACUUAGCUGGUCAGCAGAUAGAACCCUGUCGUUACACGUUGCUGCCAGCAGUGCGGCCCGACCCACCUUUCAAUUGUUCUUCCUUGAAUCUAACCGAAGAUUCAGUUGAGCUGCGAUGCAUGGCAGGUUACGAUGGUGGUCUGCAUACACUAUACUUCGUCGAGGCAUGGGAGCACGGCACGCUGUUGACGAACGCUUCUGCUAUAUCUCCGGUUUGGAAACUGCGCAAUCUGGGCUCCGGGAAAGCCGUGAAACUGGUUUUCUACUCAAGUAACGCUAGAGGGCGAUCGGAGAUCACGACGCUAAGGGUGCUAACAUUAUCUCGGCUGGCAUUACAUACUGAAGCAAAAACCAUAAAUGGCAGCAGUAUGGAAGCGGGUUGGGCUUUAGGAAUUGUAGCGGGGACAGUGGGGACUCUGGUUGUAGUCGCCGUCAUAGCCCUGCUUGCGAGGAGGAGGCAUCAUCGACCCAUGCAGUAUGAAGCUCCAAUUCAAACGGUGAAGGCUUACAUUGGAUCAAUUCAGAGCAACAACCAUUCGCCUAUUCAGCCCGACGACAAAAAUCCGGACGUCAUACCCCUGGGGAAAGAUUUCAAUUGCGCCCGUGACUUGGAACGGCCGCCCGAGCCUCCGCCAUAUGGAGCUGUCAUGUCACCACCCGUGGGCUCCUCUCGAAGCGCGCACAGCAUCCACCAGGAUGUGCGAUCUAACACUCCACACACGCCAAACACUCCCGCCUCAGAUGUUCAGAGUAUUGGGACCUUAGCAGACGAUCGCCGCAGCGUAACAAGCGGCACUCUGUCAAGACGGAGAGAGGUCGUCACCACGAGGACUCCUCUUCUGGCAAACACGCGGGAGAGCUGCGUCUAGUCGGCAUAACUUGACAAAGUCGACAGCGAACGCUCAGAAAAUUCGAAUGGAUAAACAAAAGAACACGAAUUUAUACAAGCGUUAUUAA